AUGUCAAUGUCAUCUAAUACAGCCACCACCUGGUCUGCCAGCAGUUUUCCUGGUUAUCCUCAUUCAACCACAUUAAUGAGUAUUAACCCUACUAAAUCAGCUGAAUUACAAUCAAUCAUCACCAAUGCCGUGUCUCAUUUAAUGAAUCCAAAUAUUGGUAAACCUGAUUUUGUUAGUUAUUCUCGUGCUUUAAGAGGGGCAGAAGCAUCUAUGACUAUUGUUCAAGCUCAAAAUGUUCUUGCAACUGCUACUGAUUCAUCUAUUUUAAGUCAAGCUACCGAAGCUAUUUAUGAUUCUACCAUUAAUUUAUUAGAAUUACAAUGGAAUGAAGAUUCUUAUGGUAUUUGGAGAUUAGUUUGGGCUCCCAAUAUUAUUUAUUUUAUUAUUUUCGCCAGUACAUUUCUUUACACUGCUGGUAUGAUUUAUAAAUCAAGAUUUCAUUGGUAUAAUGUAUCAUGGACUUUAGGUUUAUUAUGUGAAACCAUUGGUUUCAUUGGUAGAUUGAUGUCUUUGAAUGAUAUGACUAAUAACAAUUACUUUUUAGUUCAAUUGAUUUGUUUAACCAUUGCUCCUGCUUUGUUAAUGGGUGGUAUUUACUUUUUAUUUGCUCAAUUGGUGGUUAUUCAUGGUAGACAAUAUUCCUUGUUAAAACCAUUAUGGUAUUCUUAUUUAUUCAUUGGAUGUGAUAUUUUAAGUUUAGUGAUUCAAGCUGGUGGAGGAGCUCAAGCUUCAAUUGCUUCUAAUAAUUAUCAAAAUGCUAAACCUGGUACUUAUACUAUGAUUGCUGGUAUUGCCUUUCAAGUGCUUUCAAUGUCGGUAUUUCUGGUGUUUUGGUAUACUUUCUUAACCAAAAUCUUUUUCAAACAUAAUUUUGAUACUGAUUUAGAAAUUAAAGGGGGUGAUGAUUUACCGGUUGAAUCUCAUGGUUAUGAUCAAUCAUAUAAGAAAGCUUCAAUUAAGAAUUUCUUAAAAUUAUUAUUCAACACUAAAAAUGCCAAUCAAUAUAAAAAGAAUCAUUUAGAACAAUUUUAUAAUCCUAAAUUUGCUAAGAUUAGAGUCAGAAAACUUUAUAAUUAUUAUGCAUUUGUGAUUUCUUUAGCUGUGUUAUGUAUUUAUAUCAGAUGUAUUUAUAGAGUGGUUGAAUUAGCUGAAGGAUUCAGUGGAUAUUUAAUCACUCAUGAAGUAUAUCUUAUGGUAUUGGAUGCAUUCAUGAUUGCUAUUGCUGCUUUACUUUUCGUUCCAUUCCAUCCUCAACUUGUUAUUGGUGAUGCAUCUCAAAUUAGAUUACAAGAUAUUAAAAGUAGAAAUGAUGUUCAUGAUGGUGAAGAUGAUAAUGAAAAUAUUCAAAUUACUAGUCAAGAUAAUUUGAAUGAAACUGAUAAUAUUGAACUUGGAGAAAAGGGGAAUGAUGAAUUAGAAGAUUAUGAACAAGAACAUACUGCUAGUGAUUCAUCUGAUGUUCUUCAAGUUGAACAAAAUGAUGUGUUCCAUAACUAG